UGCGAAAUGUGUGACUUGAAAGGUACUUGAUCGGAAAGAGAAUACUGUCUCAUUCUUUCCCAGCUCUCGUGUCAGUUGUAGCGAGGAUCAAUGUUUUCAGAAGCUUAUGGCAGCUGUCAAAAGUGGAAAACUAUACCAUAAUCCGAGAUUUAUCUUGGUGUUACAUUCUUGCUUUAAGCCUUGUCUUUUGGUUGAGGACAAAUAUGGCUUCCUUCGAGAAGUCGAGAAAUAGCACCAAAUAGAUAGUAAAACCGUGUUGUUGAAUGGCUGAUAAAAACGACGACGAAAGCGAGAAGUGGUGUGCUGUAUGCAGUGAUAGUGCCUCCGGUUACCAUUACGGUGCGAACACUUGUGAAGGCUGCAAGAGUUUCUUUAAGAGGACAGUACAGAAAGAGCUGCUGGACAAAUAUGAGUGUAUUGCUGAUGAAAGCUGUCCCGUAGACAAGCAGUCACGGGCCAAAUGUCAGUUCUGUCGGCUUCAGAAAUGUUUUACAGUGGGGAUGGUCGCAGAAGGUAUUGAUUUCUCUUACAGAGAUUUUCAUUCAAAAUUUAAAGAUUAUUAGAGAUGAAGCACAGGUAGAAAUAUUCCGCCAGAGUAAUCUUUCGAUCAAGGAAUUCGACUGGACAAAUGACAACAUGUACUUAGUGUUUAAUUAUGAUUUCUGCGAGUUAGACUGCAGGGAAAAAUAGCGAAAAUCAAUAAAAUGAUUUUAAUAUACUACUAAAGGCAGCCAAUCUCUGAAAAACGACCUUUAGACUGUGUUGAGACAAAAUGAUAAUAAGUUUGACUUCAGGAUGUUGAAACGAGUCACAGCAGUGUCAUGUGAUCUACUUCUACUUAUUAUGCUGGUGAAAUUAACAGAACCUUCGAUUAUUAUUGUAAAAAGUGGGACAACAUGUAAACAGAAAAGCUGUUCUGUUGUUAUGCAUAUUUUAUCCAAUUAUAUUUUAUAUUUUCAUUCGUCAACUUCAAAACUUAAUUAAAUCCCUGAUUAAGCAUUGAGGUUUGAGUUGCUGCAAGUUAUUAAGCAAGGGUGAAGAUAUGGGUAGGAUUGGUGACUGGGAUAUAUUUCAGACUGUGUUUCAUGAAAUGAUAAUCAUUUGUUUUAUUGAUAUUCAUACAUAACAAUCAAUUCCUCACUUCUAGUGAGAGAAUUUGAGCAUAGGGUUAGUUGUAAAAGUAAAUUUACACAUUUUGGAAAACAAAUUUGGUUUCAAGUUGUGUUUCUUUAGACAUCUUUACCCAAACUCUUUGGCCAUCUUCAGAUAUGUUUGUUUCCCUAAAAGUUAUCCUGACCCUCUCAGUACUUUGCUUUAAGGCUUUUUUUUAAAGCUUCGGAGUAGGAGUCUUAGACUUAAGAGCACAAUACUAGUGGAACCGGAGUCUGAAGAUUCCAAAUAGUUCCAUUUCCUCCCAAUCCUGCUGAUGAAUCAUACGUUUAUGAUCAGUUAAGAACUAAAUUGUUCAAGCAACAAGCAGAAGCAGAAGAUUCAACCAAUCAGAGCACAAGUUCUAAGGUCAUCAAAUGGCUUAAUAACCUAAUCAACCUAGAUUUCAAAGAUCACAGACAAUUGAGGCACUAAUGGCAAUGGAAUACUGCUUCCAAUUCUGUUGUUGUUGUUAUUUAUUUAUUUUUUUUUUGUCAUUAGUUUGCAUCUCUCUGCACUUCUAAGAAAAAACUCUAGCCCUGAUAUUUGUGAAAACCAGCCUGAAGUGUAAAAGGUUAUGUCAUGCAUACAAUGCAAGUGACAAUUAUUGCCACAUGUUCACUUUUUUAUUGAAAUAUUUAUUUUUUUUUAGGGGUAAGAAAAGAAAAAAAGCGUGGUGGACGAUCAUUCUAUCCACUAAAGAAACAGAAAUGUGAUGAAACAACUGAGAGAAAUGUGAAUCAAGACACAAAUAUUGUAUAUUGCUCUGAACUCAUCGAAAAACUUAUGGAAAGUAGUCCUUGCAUCAUUCCUCCUGGAGAGUCAGUUGAGAAUCCAAAGGAAGCAGAUGGCACAGAAAGCAGGGAAGGAAUGCUCACCAGACUUUCCACUGCAAUUACCAAAGAACUAUACUUGAUUGUUGAAUGGGCCAAACUGGUACCGGGUUUUGAAAAUCUUUGCCGUAAGGAUCAGAUUGCUUUGUUGACCGCUGGAGGAAUGGAACUGAUUGUGUUUCGAGUCAUCUACAGGUCUAUUCCUUACAAAGAGUAUGUGUACAUGAACUCAACCACUCUUCUUGAGAGAGAGGAUUGUUACAGUGUGUUGAACAAAGAAAUUGUUGACAUGAUUCUUGAUGUGGUAGAAAGACUUAGGCCCCUUGCCAUGGAUCAAGUAGAAUUUGCUUGUUUAAAGACUAUUCUCUUAGCUAAUCCAGGUAGGGAUUUUCAGUGCAUAACUUUACAUUAUCAACCUUGGUCAGUCUGUCUAGUAAAUAACUGUCUGUCUAUUUUUUCAAUUGCCUAUCUGACUAUAUUCUUGCACAGUUACAUCCAUCUCUCUGUCAGAAAAAUUACCUCUGUCCGUUUGUCUAUGUAUUUGCAUAAAGGGGGUAAGUUUCUAAAGAAACUGUAGUGCUGCAUCGGUGGGAGUUUAUAACAGGUAAUUUAGCAUUAACAACUGAGUUGAAAAUGUAAGUUGGCCUCCGUAAAGAGUUUAAAAGCUGAUGUUAUGAGCAUUAGCCCUUCAUCAGAGUGAAGGGCUAACAUUUGAAACAUCAGCCUUUAAACUCUUUAUGGCAGCCAAUUUACGUUUUCAACUCAGUUGUUAACACUAAAUUACCUAUGUAUUUGCAUGUCUGAGUCUCACCACAUGCCUCCAGGGUCUUGCAUGCUUAGACAGCUACAUGGUACAUUACUACCUAACCGUAAGCUUUAUUCUUGUCCUACAUUCUGAAUCAUUUUGUAUUAUUUUCAAGCCAAGAGGAAUGUUAUGCCAAGAAACCAAUAGAAAUUGCCAUCUACUACUGACAGAAAUAAUUUGCUGUCUUAAAUUGAGUUGUUGUCCAGAGCAGAAUGCCACUUAGUCUUACAUUUACAUUAAAAUCUUUUGAAAUUAAUUUUACCAUAGGCACCAACUUUUCUGACUGAUUUUUGUGUAGUGGAAUUUGGCAAGUAUGAAACUAAAACUGUUUAACUUGUAAUUCCUAUGAGUGACCGAGCCAGAAGUUCUCCUUACAACAUCAAUACAACAUCAAGCAGACAAGUAAUGAGAAUAAAAGGAAAUAUCAAUUUGGGGAUUAUUAGUUGUUCCAAUACCAAAUUAUCUGAAUUUACAUUAUGAAAAUUCUAUGACAGACAGUAUAAGGAGGAUUUCUGAAGAGAUCUUGGUAGUGGAAGGGUUGAAGGUGGAAUUGGUAACUAAAAAAAUGGUGAAUGUUAAAUUUUGCCUCACCCCUCCAAUGAUUUAUUAGAACAUAAAACAAAUUCAAAUCAUGGCAUUCACCAUGAAGGCUAUGUUCUUCAAAAAUUACAAGAAUCUUGGACCCUUAAACCAUUCCAUCUGUGAAGAUUAUAACCAACUGAUUUCUAAAAAUGUUUUACAGAAACAUCAGGACUUUCUGACAAGAUUGCAGUUGAAGCACUUCAAGGGUCAUUUCUUGCAGCUCUUAAAGAUCACAUGGAGUUAAAUUACCCUGAUCGUUCUGGACGCUUUGCUAAGCUUCUUCUCCGGUUACCAGCUCUUCGUGAUGUUUGCACUAAAGGCUAUCAGUAUUUCUUACUAGUGCGGGCCAAGCUGGAGGGAGAAAUUCCAAUGUCAACAUUACUACAAGAAAUGUUUGAAUCUGCAAGGUUUUAGAGAACAUACCUCUAACCUUCCUUGGUACAUAAUAUAGGGACAUUAACUUGGAAGUUACUUCAAAUGGAGUAGUUUUAGAGAAAAUACCUUCACAUUACUGUCCGAGUCAUUGAAAUAUGGACAUCUUCAUCCCAUGGAAAUGUAUGUUGUGGCUCAAAUUUUUACCUUGUUUCUAAAAUGUUUGAAAUCAGUUUGGCUUUUUUCUUUUCUUUUUUUUUUGCCUAGUAUUCAUUGGUGAACUUAAUAUUUUGGAAUAAAGGUAGGUAACACUGGUUUAUUAAUUCUUAGCACAAGUGAAAAAUGUGAACCACAUCAUAUUUUUGACAACAAAAACUUUUGAGAAGCUUAAGCUGAAAACCUGUAGGUAAAUGAUUCUCCUGUUCUCUAUCAAAUUCUCCCACUUUUCAGGUUGUAUGAAGUUUGUUAAUUCUGAGAGGGACAUAUUGGUACAUUUUGUAAAUUCUUGUAUUUCCAAAUUUGUAACACAAGCUUGUGCAGACUGCUCACAUUCAUUUUGCUAAUAGGAUCAGGUUAUACAUGUCUCUAUCUCCAUAUUAAGACCUGCUGUGAGCAGGUUUGGGGAAGAAAUAGUCAUUGUUGGGAAAAAUAGAUUGUUUACUAUGGACGUAAUGAUUUGUAUGAAUUCAAUCAAGAGAACGUUGUACAAAACACAAAUAUCAAAUAAGUUGUAUGGUUUGUUUGAAUCGAAUUAAAAGUAAUGAAUUGGACUCUUAAGGGUUUUAUGGGCUUAUAGAGCCUAAGUUAUGCUCAAUCUGUGGCAUAGUGCGACCGUCCUAUUACCAGCUAUGAGAGGAAAACUGGAGAAGUUUUGUCGUUGUACUGUUGAU